AUGCUAAAAAUCAUAUUUUUGCUAAUUGGUGCUCUAUUUGCUUACGGCAUUCAUUAUUAUUCGUUAUUAUUGCCUAUUAUCAAUGGUUAUGGAGCUAAAUCUAUGUGUUCAUCAUUAUUUAUAGCUGGUCACGGUGAACAACAACAACUUGACGAAGAUCUUAAUAUGUUUCCUAUGAAAUAUGCAACAUUUACUAUAAAUUAUAGUGAUUUAUCAGUAAGUAGUUCUUUAUUUGGUUUUGCUCAACGUAAAGCUAUUUAUCGACAUGGACUUGGUGCAACACUAAUUAGUGAAUUAACAGAAGAUCAAAUUCGUGCACAAACAUUCAAUGUAGCUAUACCACCUAAUAUAAAUCAAGACGAUGUACUGUGGCCUAUGGGUGAUAAAAUGGAUGAUAAUAAUUUUCCAUCAAAUAUCAAUCAAACACUAUUACAAGAUGCAAUAAACAACUUGUUUAUUGAAAGAAAUCCAACUAAACUUAUACGUACACGUGCUGUAGUUGUUGUAUACGAUGGAAAAUUGAUUGCAGAACAAUAUGCUUCAGGUUUUUCAAGAAAAUCAAAAUUUUUAGGUUGGAGUAUGACAAAAAGUAUUAUAAGUGUGCUCAUUGGUAUUUUAGUAAAAGAUAUGAAAUUAAAUAUCGAUGAGCCUGCUCCAGUACCCGAAUGGAAUAACACUAAUGAUCCUCGUUAUUCCAUAACAAUAAAAAAUCUCUUACAGCAAACUAGUGGUCUAAAUUUUGAAGAAGAUUAUUAUUCAAAAAGUGCUGUUACACAGAUGUUAUUUGAUAGUAGCGAUAUGGCUGCAUUUGCUGCUUCACAUUCAUUAAAAUAUAAACCAGGAACUCAUUGUUAUUAUACUAGUGGUAACACAAAUAUAUUAUCACGUAUUAUUCGUCAUACAGUCGGUGAAAAUGAAUAUCAUUCGUUUCCUUACCGAAAAUUAUUUUAUAAACUUGGUAUGAAUAGUUUUCUUAUGGAAGUUGAUGCAUCAGGUACUUUUGUUGGUUCAUCGUAUUCAUGGGGUACUGCUCGUGAUUGGGCACGUUUUGGUAUAUUAUAUUUAAAUAAUGGAUUUUAUAAUAAUGAACGCAUAUUAUCUGAAAAUUGGAUUGAACAAACAACAACGCUUGCUGGUUCUAAUCAGUAUAGUGAAUAUGGACUUCAGGUUUGGUUAAAUACAGGUAAAAACAAUGAUUCGUCUACACGACGAUUUCUCAAUGUACCAACAGAUAUGUUUUAUGCAAGUGGUUUUGAUGGACAGGCUUUAUUUAUUAUUCCAUCCAAGAAAUUAGUUGUUGUUCGUCUUGGUUUAACAAAAGCACGAAAUGGAGAAUUUGGAGCAAAUGAACUUUUAAAAAAUAUUAUUAGUUCAAUUGAAUAA